AUGUAUCAAUCACUGCUACCUUGUCCCCCCCUUACUCCCCCUUUCUGCCUUCCUUCCGCUCCCUCAACCAUCGAAAUCUCCUCCCACCCUUUUCCACAUUGUCUUCUCUCUCGAUCCCUCCCUGCUCCCCACAACGCAGUUGCAGCAAGGCACUGGCAGAGGAGCAAGCGGGCUGCCGUAACAAGGUGUGAGCUCACUGCAGCAAGGCGUGAGCUCACUGCAGCAAGGCGUGAGCUCACUGCAGCAAGGCGUGAGCUCACUGCAGCAAGGCGUGAGCUCACUGCAGCAAGGCGUGAGCUCACUGCAGCAAGGCGUGAGCUCACUGCAGCAAGGCGUGAGCUCACUGCAGCAAGGCGUGAGCUCACUGCAGCAAGGCGUGAGCUCACUGCAGCAAGGCGUGAGCUCACUGCAGCAAGGCGUGAGCUCACUGCAGCAAGGCGUGAGCUCACUGCAGCAAGGCGUGAGCUCACUGCAGCAAGGCGUGAGCUCACUGCAGCAAGGCGUGAGCUCACUGCAGCAAGGCGUGAGCUCACUGCAGCAAGGCGUGAGCUCACUGCAGCAAGGCGUGAGCUCACUGCAGCAAGGCGUGAGCUCACUGCAGCAAGGCGUGAGCUCACUGCAGCAAGGCGUGAGCUCACUGCAGCAAGGCGUGAGCUCACUGCAGCAAGGCGUGAGCUCACUGCAGCAAGGCGUGAGCUCACUGCAGCAAGGCGUGAGCUCACUGCAGCAACGCGUGAGCUCACGCAGCAACGCGUGAGCUCACUGCAGCAAGGCGUGAGCUCACUGCAGCAAGGCGUGAGCUCACUGCAGCAAGGCGUGAGCUCACUGCAGCAACGCGUGAGCUCACUGCAGCAACGCGUGAGCUCACUGCAGCAACGCGUGAGCUCACUGCAGCAACGCGUGAGCUCACUGCAGCAACGCGUGAGCUCACUGCAGCAACGCGUGAGCUCACUGCAGCAACGCGUGAGCUCACUGCAGCAAGGCGUGAGCUCACUGCAGCAAGGCGUGAGCUCACUGCAGCAACGCGUGAGCUCACUGCAGCAAGGCGUGAGCUCACUGCAGCAAGGCGUGAGCUCACUGCAGCAAGGCGUGAGCUCACUGCAGCAAGGCGUGAGCUCACUGCAGCAAGGCGUGAGCUCACUGCAGCAAGGCGUGAGCUCACUGCAGCAAGGCGUGAGCUCACUGCAGCAAGGCGUGAGCUCACUGCAGCAAGGCGUGAGCUCACUGCAGCAAGGCGUGAGCUCACUGCAGCAAGGCGUGAGCUCACUGCAGCAAGGCGUGAGCUCACUGCAGCAAGGCGUGAGCUCACUGCAGCAAGGCGUGAGCUCACUGCAGCAAGGCGUGAGCUCACUGCAGCAAGGCGUGAGCUCACUGCAGCAAGGCGUGAGCUCACUGCAGCAAGGCGUGAGCUCACUGCAGCAAGGCGUGAGCUCACUGCAGCAAGGCGUGAGCUCACUGCAGCAAGGCGUGAGCUCACUGCAGCAAGGCGUGAGCUCACUGCAGCAAGGCAUGAGCUCACUGCAGCAAGGCGUGAGCUCACUGCAGCAAGGCGUGAGCUCACUGCAGCAAGGCGUGAGCUCACUGCAGCAAGGCGUGAGCUCACUGCAGCAAGGCGUGAGCUCACUGCAGCAACGCGUGAGCUCACUGCAGCAACGCGUGAGCUCACUGCAGCAAGGCGUGAGCUCACUGCAGCAAGGCGUGAGCUCACUGCAGCAAGGCGUGAGCUCACUGCAGCAAGGCGUGAGCUCACUGCAGCAAGGCGUGAGCUCACUGCAGCAAGGCGUGAGCUCACUGCAGCAAGGCGUGAGCUCACUGCAGCAAGGCGUGAGCUCACUGCAGCAAGGCGUGAGCUCACUGCAGCAAGGCGUGAGCUCACUGCAGCAAGGCGUGAGCUCACUGCAGCAAGGCGUGAGCUCACUGCAGCAAGGCGUGAGCUCACUGCAGCAAGGCGUGAGCUCACUGCAGCAAGGCGUGAGCUCACUGCAGCAAGGCGUGAGCUCACUGCAGCAAGGCGUGAGCUCACUGCAGCAAGGCGUGAGCUCACUGCAGCAAGGCGUGAGCUCACUGCAGCAAGGCGUGAGCUCACUGCAGCAACGCGUGAGCUCACUGCAGCAAGGCGUGAGCUCACUGCAGCAAGGCGUGAGCUCACUGCAGCAAGGCGUGAGCUCACUGCAGCAACGCGUGAGCUCACUGCAGCAACGCGUGAGCUCACUGCAGCAAGGCGUGAGCUCACUGCAGCAACGCGUGAGCUCACUGCAGCAAGGCGUGAGCUCACUGCAGCAAGGCGUGAGCUCACUGCAGCAAGGCGUGAGCUCACUGCAGCAAGGGGUGAGCUCACUGCAGCAAGGCGUGAGCUCACUGCAGCAAGGCGUGAGCUCACUGCAGCAAGGCGUGAGCUCACUGCAGCAAGGCGUGAGCUCACUGCAGCAACGCGUGAGCUCACUGCAGCAACGCGUGAGCUCACUGCAGCAACGCGUGAGCGUGUGCACAAAUUUACCAGCGCGCUGCCGCAACAAGGCUGCCGCAGGAAUUUGCCAGCGCCGCAAACAAGGCAGCAGCGCACAAGCCGCCAGCAUGCUACAAGGUGCCAGCGCGCUGCGAGGGCACCUGCAAGGCGCCAAACGUAAGGCGCCAGCGCGUUAG